AUGUCACCGACGGCUCAAUACUCCAUCAUCGUGCCCGCCUAUAAAGAGGCGGGCAACCUUCGCCCACUCGUCACCCGCAUCUUCGCCGCCCUGAACCGCGUCGACUCGCCCGUGUCAGGACAGCUCGUCGAGGUGAUCAUCGUCGACGACAACUCGCGCGACGGCUCGGUCGAGGUCGUCCAGGCGCUGCAGCAGGAAGGUUACAACGUGCGCAUCAUCGUGCGCACGACCGAGCGCGGCCUCAGCAGUGCCGUCGUGCGCGGAUUCCAGGAGGCGCAGGGAGACAACCUGCUAUGCAUGGAUGCGGAUUUGCAGCACCCACCAGAAUUUGUGCCGCAGAUGCUUGCUGCGCUCUCACCUAUGAGACAGUUCGUAUUAGGUACACGAUACGGUGGAAACGCUGGUGCCGUGGACGAGGGCUGGCCCUUGUACCGCCGUGUCAUCUCUGGCGGGGCACGCAUGCUCGCGCUGCCAUUGACAUCCGCAAGCGACCCCAUGUCCGGAUUCUUCGGUAUACGCAAAGAAGCGUUCCUCAAGGCUCGCAGUCUCAACUCGCAGGGCUUCAAAAUCGCGCUCGACCUGCUCGUCAAGGCGCAGAUCCCAUCGCACGCGAUCGCCGAAGUGCCUUUCUCAUUCGGCUUGCGCACUGCUGGCGAGAGCAAGCUCACUGGCAAGGUCAUGGUGCGCUAUCUCGAGCAGCUGCUUGAACUCUAUUGGUACAAGUAUCACGGCCUCUUCGGCUUCGUCGUCUUCUUGUUCUUCGUAUUGUGCGUGCUGCUCUACAUAUGGUAUUAUAAUGGCGCCAGCAUGGAGAUGAAGAAGGGAACAGUCAUGACGGCGCGGUCGGGGGAACACAUUAAGGGUCGAUGGUCAUGA